UACCUCACUGAAUGCUGCAGUACAGCCCACAACACAUGGUGGCCAAGUGCACAUAAAUAGGACUAUUGUAGCAGCACACACAAACAGUCUUCCAGCUUAUUAAGGAGAGGAAGCUGGCUGCCUGAGAACAGUUGAUCAACCACACCAUGAGUAAUAUUUCCAAGAAUAUCCUACAGCCUAUCCUGCUGCAGCUCGAAUGUCACUUUACAUGGACUUUGCUGAAGGAAGAUGUUGAUCUUGAUGACCUAGAAGAAACGAUCUGUGAUCAGAUUGAGUUUCUAACCACAAAAUCCAAAAUUUCAAAUUACAAUCUGCUAUCCUAUGUGAAACACCUGAACGGCAACAGUGAGGAAGCCCUGCAGAGUCUACAGAAAGCUGAAGCAGCAGCUCAAAGAAAUCAUGCAGAUGAGGUUCACAGGAAAAGUCUUGUCACUUGGGGGAACUAUGCUUGGAUUUAUUACCAUAUGAACAAACUUCAAGAAGCUCAGACCUAUGUAAGUAAGGUGAAAGACAGCUGCAAAGAGCUAUCAAGCACCUCAUGCUAUAAGUGUCAACUUCCAGAAGUCUAUUGUGAAGAGGGGUGGGCAUUGUUAAAGUUUGGCAGAAAAUAUUAUGAAAGAGCAAAGAAAUGCUUUGAAAAGGCUCUAGCAGAAGAACCUGAAAACCCAGAAUUUACUUCUGGCUAUGCCAUUGCAAUGUAUCGCCUGGAAGAUGAUCUCAUCAAAGGAUCCUCUUUGGAACCUUUAAGGCGUGCAGUGACACUGAAUCCAAAUGAUACCUUUGUCAUGUCAUACCUUGCACUAGAACUUCAGGAUAUGGCUCAAGUCGAAGAAGGGGAAAUGUACAUUAAAAAGGCAUUGCAAAAAACCCCAGAUGUUCCCUAUGUACUACGAUAUGCUGCAAAAUUUUACAGAAGAAAAGGGGAAGUGGAUAAGUCACUGCAAUUUUUGGAAAAGGCAUUGACCUUUACACCAGCCUCUAGCUUCCUGCACCACCAGAUUGGUCUUUGCUAUAGAACAAAGAUGUAUCAGUUGAAAAGGGCUACAAAGCAGUCAUUUAAAGAGCAGGUAGAGCUCAUUAGACUUUGCAUUUUUCACUUUAAAGCAGCAAUGGAGAAAAAAUCAAAGUUUAUAUAUGCCUAUAUUGACCUUGCAAAUAUGUAUGCAGAAGGAAAAAGGUAUCAAGAAGCAGAAGACACUUUUCAGAAAGUACUUCAAAUGAAAUUAACCUGUCAAGAGAAACAACAAAUCCACUACCGCUAUGGACAGUUUUUGGAAUUUCACAAAAAAUCAGAAGCUGAUGCUAUUAAACACUUCAUGGAAGCGCUGAAAAUUGAGGGAGACACGACAAGAAAGAUGUGCAUGAAUGCUCUGAAGAAACUGGUAGAUAAGAGAAUUCAGAGAGGAUCAGCAGAUGCUGCACAUUUUGGUGCUCUUGGAUUCAUUCACCAGUUGAAUGGAGAGAAGUCAGAAGCAAUUGAAUGCUAUGAGAAGGCCCUGGCACGGGAUUCUAGUAAUGAAGAAUACCUGAGUGCUCUUUGUGACCUACGGCUUUCCAUUGGAAACUAAAGAGCUGGCAGUCAGUCCAUCUCUCUAGACCAGAGCUUUCCAAACUGUGUGCCGCGACACAUUAGUGUGUCGGCGGCAGUGUGUAGGUGUGUCGCGCGAAAUGCAGAAAAUUUUGUGGAAGGGCACCGCGGAGCUCCCUUAGUCGCGUCUGCUUCCCUUGGCCCCUCCCCCGGAACUGAAUUACUGUGUCGCGAAAUGAUGCAUGUCUAAAAAGUGUGUCACCAACAUGAAAAGUUUGGAAAGCUCUGCUCUAGACAGUUGAUAUUUUUAUUCCAAACAAAUUUUAUCAGUAGCUUGCCUUCUUUAUAUGGUAUCCUGGUAUCUUCAUGUAGGCAAAACCUGCACUGAGUCUUAGUUCAUAGUUUGAAACUUACUUACUGGCACAUUUGGGAGAAUUUGUAAGUCUAAUAGCUACUGAGCUCUCAUCCCAUUUUUCCACUGCAAAAUAGGUAUGUUUAUUUUGCUAACAAAGAAAAUGUCAUUUGUGAUGCUUCAGAUGAACAAUGUGAACUGGUAGGAUCACUUUCUGGUGGAAAUCUAGAAUCUGAAAAUGAUGCUUUUUAACUUGUAGGUCACUAAAUAUGAAUAUGAUUAGAAAAUAUGCAUAAAAAUUAUCCUACCCUUUGUUUUUCCUUAAAGAUCGGUGUGUGUGUAUUAAUUUCUGUUCUCAUAGAUACGUACAUAGCUUCCAAAUUAGCCAUGCAACGCAGUAAUGGGUGUUUGAAUGUACUAUCUUUAAAAUUCAAUAAUUUGUUUGCAAAUACCUAGUUGGUCUAAUAAAAGAUAUCACCUCUU